AUGAUUCUAGCAUUGACAAAUGCUGAUUGUGGUGAAGAAUUUAAAAUAAUAUGUUAUUUUUCAUCAUGGACUGGCAUACAUCCCGAAGCAAAAAAUUGUACACAUAUUGUAUAUACAUUUGCACGCAUUGAAGAUGAUAAUACACUUACUGGCGUAUGGAGUAAUCCUUUAAAAGAAUUUAAGAAUAAUAAGGAUCCUGAGCUGAAGGUUUUGUUAGCCGUUGGUGGUCAAGAUUAUGCUGUUAGACGAGCUAAUGAGAUGAUGUCAAAAGAUGAUUCACGUCAAAAAUUUGUUAUUUCAACAACAAAACUUUUACGAACACAUGAAUUUGAUGGAAUCGACUUAAAUUUUGAACCAAAUGAAGCAUUAGGACCACCAUCAUCACCUAAUUUACAAUUAAUUGAAGAUAAAAAAAAAUUAUCAAAACUUUGUAAAGAUCUUCAAGAAGAAUAUGCUGAAGAAGCUAGUAGAACGGGACGAACACGUUUAUUACUUACAAUUACUAUAUCGGGCAUAAAAGAGCAACUCGAAUCACGUUUUGAUUUACAAGAACUUGCAAAAUGUACUGAUUGGCUUAACGUUCAAACAUAUGAUUAUCGAGGUUCACGCGAUAAAAUUGCUGAACAUCAUAGUGCUCUUAUGCAAGCAGCAAAUGCUGAAGAUGACGAAAAAGAUUUAAAUCAGGAUUCGGCAAUUAAAUAUAUUGUUAAUAGUGGUAUUGAACCAUCAAAAUUAUCACUUGGUUUACCAGCAUUUGGCAAAAAGUUUCGUUUUACUAGUGAUUCACGUGAUAUUGGAAGUUCUGCUACAAGUGUAGGCAGUGUGGCUUACACAGAACUUUGUCGUAAUACAAUGUCUGGUUGGCAACGAGUUUUUCUUGAUGAUCGUAAAGUACCCAUAAUGAUUAAAGGCGAUGAAGUAAUCGGUUAUGAUGACCUCCAAAGUAUGGAACUUAAAAUUAAUUAUGCUAAAGACCAACGUCUUGGUGGUAUUGUUAUAUAUCCCGUUAAUUUUGACGAUAGUUCAGGUCAAUCAUGUAAUCAAGGCAAAUUUCCGAUUGUUUCACUAGUAAAACAAUUAACAUCGAAUUAUACUGUUUCAUGUUUACCACCUCCAACACAACCUUCAAAUACAACAAUAGCAUCACGAAAUCGAACAAAGAACAUAACACCAAAAUGGAAAUUAACACGUACAGACUAUUUAAGUUCAGGUUUAGGAUUACAUAAAUUGCAUCGUAGAAUAAACAAUUCUGCUUAUAUAAUACGAUCAAUGUAUACAAUUGAAUAUGUUCUAUUUAGCUUUUUAUUUUUUCGUGUAUAA